UUGUCCUCAUAUUUGCCAAAUUCGAUUUGUUUUGUGUAGACGUAUGAAAUGUCCAUAAGUUCAAUGUUUUGAAUGUUUUGUAUUAUAUCAUUACAAAAAUGGGUAAUGCUGACACAAAAUUGAACUUCCGAAAAGCUGUAGUUCAGCUAACAUCGAAGAAUCAACCUAUCGACGCUUCUGAUGAUAAUUUCUGGGAUCAGUUUUGGUCGGAAAGCGUGACGAAUGUCCAAGAUGUGUUCGCUUUGGUUCCGGGAGCGGAGAUUCGUGCCUUGCGUGAAGAAUCGCCAAAUAAUUUGGCGACCCUGGUGUAUAAAGCUGUGGAGAAAAUGGUUAAAAUUGUAGAUAACAGCUGUCGCACGCAACGGGAUCAACAUACAGCAUUAAACUGUGCAAGAUUGCUGACUCGAGUCCUACCGUACAUGCUGGAAGAGCCAGAGUGGCACAGUUUCUUUUGGUCGUCACUACCAGCGGCCGCAGAGAAUGAAUCUAUACCGCUUGCUCAGUCGCUUAUAAAUGCUAUUUGUGAUCUGCUCUUCUGCCCAGAUUUUACAGUGACCAGCACAAAGAGAUCAGGUCCAGAGCGUGCCGAAGAACUAUCCUCGCUAGACAGUUGCGAAUACAUCUGGGCGGGCGGAGUCGGUUUCGCGCGGAGCCCCGCGAGCUCCGCCCAGCAUGAAGCAGCUAGGACGGAACUGUUGAGGCUAUUGCUUACAUGCUGCAGUGAAACUGUGUACAGGCCUCCGCAGCAAGCCGCGACGCAUCAUAAUAAGUGGAUCGCAUAUCUAACUAGCUCGGAAAAUCGUCACGCGUUACCGCUAUUCACAUCCCUACUGAACACAGUGUGUUCAUAUGAUCCUGUCGGUUUGGGCGUGCCUUACAAUCACUUAUUGUUCGCUGAUACACUAGAGCCAUUGGUUGAGGUAGCAUUACAAGUUCUAAUCGUCACAUUAGAUCACGAUACAAGCAAUGUAGUCAAUGAAGAUUCAGAUGAGAGUCUCCCGGACAACUUAUUUAUCAACUAUCUAUCCCGUAUCCACCGGGAUGAGGACUUCGGUCUGGUCCUCCGUGGUGUCACCAGAUUACUGAACAAUCCCCUACAACAGACCUAUUUACCCAACUCGAGUAAGAAGGUCGCCUUGCACCAAGAACUGCUCGUGCUGUUCUGGAAGAUGUGCGACUAUAAUAAGAAAUUCAUGUACUAUGUUUUGAAGAGUAGCGACGUGUUAGAAGUGCUUGUGCCUAUACUGUAUCAUCUCAAUGAUUCAAGAGCUGAUCAAUCUCGCGUAGGGCUCAUGCACAUUGGGGUAUUUAUCCUCCUCUUGCUAUCCGGGGAACGGAACUUUGGGGUCCGUCUGAAUAAGCCGUAUACCGCCACUGUGCCUAUGGACAUACCGGUGUUCACGGGAACCCAUGCUGACCUGCUGGUCGUGGUGUUCCAUAAGAUCGUCACCACUGGACACCAGAGACUGCAGCCGCUGUUCGACUGCUUGCUGACUAUUUUGGUUAAUGUGUCCCCAUACCUCAAGACGCUAUCCAUGGUGGCGUCAACCAAGCUCCUCCACCUCCUGGAAGCCUUCAGCACCCCCUGGUUCCUGUUCUCGCAGCCACAGAACCACCACCUGGUGUUCUUCCUGCUCGAGAUGUUCAAUAACAUGAUACAGUACCAGUUUGAUGGCAACUCGAACCUAGUGUACACGAUAAUACGCAAGCGGGGGGUGUUCCACAACCUGGCGAACUUGCCGCACGAGCACGCGUCCAUCGCGCGCUCGCUCGCCGCCGCCUCGCGCGCAAGGGACCACACCGCGCUGCCCAGGUCUCGUAGUGCAGAGUCAGUUGUGGAAGCGGCGAUGGAAGGUUCGAGACCGGCACAACCUGCAGAACCCGGCACACUAAAUCCCACGUUACCUGAUAUACCAGCGAUCGCGACAAUGACAGAGCGUGAAUCAGCCCACCCGCCCGCACGCGAGCAGCUGUUGCCGCGCCGCGCGGGGGACGGGGAGGAGGGCGGGGACGGGGAGGGGGAGGGGGAGGCCGUGCGGGAGGAGAGGAGCGUGACACAUAGGGACAGCCUCCGCGUAAGCGAAAAAGACGAAGAGAAGCCCGAGGGCUGGAAGGCCAGCAGCGAGUGGGUGGCGAGCUGGCGCGGCAGACUGCCGCUGCAGACCAUCAUGCGUCUGCUGCAGGUGCUCGUGCCGCAGGUCGAGAAGAUCUGCAUUGACAAGGGCCUCACCGAUGAAUCCGAGAUCUUGCGUUUCCUACAGCAUGGGACGCUGGUCGGCCUACUUCCCGUACCGCAUCCGAUCCUCAUCCGCAAGUACCAGCCCAAUGCCGGUACUGCUGCGUGGUUCCGCACUUAUAUGUGGGGCGUUAUUUAUAUACGAAACGUGGAUCCGCCGAUUUGGUACGACACCGACGUCAAGCUAUUCGAAAUACAACGGGUUUGAGAUAGAUAAAUUAUAUUUAAAAUUUCAAGUAGUUAUUUAUUAAUCACAAUGUAUAAUUAUGUUAUUACAGAUACACAACCAAUGUUUGGUUUUGUUGAGUUUUAGAAUAUAUUAGUUGCAAUUUAUACGUAAUAUUCAUUUUAUACUUCCAAAUUGAAUUGUUGUUACCAACUUUAUUUAGUCGCAUUAUAAUAUGUAUUCGAACAUGCUUAUAAAAGCCUGUAACCGGAUUGAUAUAACUAAGGUAGCGAGUUUGCGUGGAUUCAUAUAUGACAUUAGAAGGAAUGUUAAAGCGGAAAGACUAGUAACUUCUUGAAAAGUAUGAAAUUGAUUUCCGUAAUUCUUCUUUUUUCAAGUGGCAACUCCCGAUCCCAGUGAGGACGGAUUUCCGUAAUUAUUAUUGUACUUUUCUAAACUGUCAAGUUGACAUUUCACGCAUAUCGUUCAAUUCAAUUCAAUUUUAUGAAUGGCAGUGCUGCGUUGCCACAAUUUUGCCAAUGUCACGUUGUCGAUAGUUUAAUAUCUCAGAGAUUUAUAAGAAGCUCAAAUGUAUAUAAUAUCAAUAUAUAUAAACUACCAACACCAAGUUAAUUUAAUUAUUAUAAAGGACGAACAGCAACGUUAUUUUAUAAUAUGCGUGAAAUGUCAUUUUGACAGUUGAAAUGACAGUUUUAUUUAUAUUGUAUGUACAUAAAAUGCGACUAAAUUAAAUUAGGUUUAUGACAAUGUUAGAAUAAUACAUAUUAUUAUAGUUAUGUUAAAACACAUUACGCUUUAAUUUACUUUGUGGCUUAGGAAACCAUUUUAAUGUAAUAUAUAUAAAUUUAGACUGUUGUUCCACCUGUUUAUAUACGUAUUUUAACAAGGCAUAAUAGACUAAAUUCUACCAUCUUUGUGAUAACUUAUUUCCUGUAUUUUAGUAAAAUAUUUUUGCUUUGCAUUUUAAAUAAAGUAAUAUAAAGUGAAUGUGAAUGUUUGAGGCAUAGAUAGCUUUAGAAUAAUUUACUUUUUUUAAGGUGUUAAAAUUUUAAAGAUUUUUAUGAAUCUAUGCUUUAUUCUUCUUAUUUGUAGGUCUAGUCACUUCCCGUGUAUGUAUGUUCUUUGAUGUAAUUCCCAUACAAAUAUGCUUUAAUUCAACAAACAGACAAUGAAAUAUAUUCGAUCUCUGUUAAAAUGUUUCUUAUGAAUUAUUUAUAUAUUUAUUAUCAUUCCAUUUUAAAUUUUUCCGCCUAUGUAGAAAUCGGCGAGGUAAACCUUAUAUUGGCUACAUUCCUUGUUUUUAUUUUGAAACAAAGUAUACCACAUGACAAAAUGCAUUUUUAAUAUGUUACGUCGAAUAUUAUAUAAAAUAAUGUUAAAAU